GAAAAUGUUUGUAUAUCUCGAAAAGUCAUCUAUAAUCAACAUAUAUAAGUUGUAGGAACAUGACCGCCAAACAGAGAGAUAUUUGAGAAUGCAGAAAGCAGGAGGAAAGCGUUUAUUAACAGAGGAAUUGAGGUCGAAAGCUGAGGUUUAUCACGGGGACAAAGUUUGCAGGGAGAAGUUCUGUUUGUUGUUGGAAGAAAGAGGUCUACCUGAAGGGCUGUUGUGCAUUGAGAACAUUGAAGAAUGUGGGUAUGUGAAGGAAAUAGGGUUUGUUUGGCUAAAGCUUGAGAAGAAGAAGGAGCAAAGGUUUGAUAACAUAGAUGUCUGCUAUGAUUCUGUUGUGACUGCUUAUGUGGAGCCAAACAAGAUAAAGAAUCUUACUGGGGUGAAGGCCAAAGACUUUUUGGUUUGGUUCACUUUGAAUGAGAUUUCUGUUAGGACUACACCAGAAGGACCUCUCGUCACCUUCAAAUCUUUCGUUGGUCUUUCUAUGUCUUUUCCAUUCUCUUUCUUCAAACCUGGGAAAUCAACCACUCUGUAAUUAUUCAAGAACACUUUUAAAUAUUGUAUUAAUUAUUACAAGUUCUGUUAAUUAUCCUCUUUUUUGUUUUUUUGUUAAAAAUAGUGUAUAUAUGAAUGUAAUUGUAUGUUUAUUAUUUC